UUUACGCGCAAUUUGAACACACUUUUAAAUUCUGAUGUCAUGCUUACUAAAAGUCCUAGUACUUAAUGGCACACAGUGCAGUGGUUUACAUUUAACACGUGGUGGUCUUCAUAAGUGCCUCUAAGUGCUCGGUCCUGAUACGGUUGGAUCAGAUGUCAGCUCAGAUCACAGAUUACUGGAAGUUUUGCUAUCGUGUGGAAACGUCACUCCGCCUCCGCUUCUGUGGAAGUAUAUCCUAGGUACUUUGGUUGUUUCAGGUGGCGAUUUCAGAGCCUAAAUUACCUCUGUUGAAACAUAUUUUCUUUCUCAAAAGCUUUUUACAGGAUCUCGAGUCCGCUCUUUAUAAACUAUCGCUUAUUAGUUUCGUUUAGUAAAUUUGAGUCUUGGUCAGGAAAUAAAGUCCUCGGAUCGCCGUGCGCAAAAGGGAAGUGAGCAAGUAAUCUAGAAAACUGAAAAGUUUUCAGUGGCCUCACGAAAGCUGUUACGUGGUCAGACUAACUUUCUUUUGGACUUUACUCAGCCACAUCCCUGAGAGACGACAUCUGGGGCGAACUGAAUUAUGGGACACGGAAAUAUCAAUAACUGAAAGUUUGCGUACCAGCCAUAUUAGAAGAAAGAGACGAGCCAACUAUACGUUUUGUUAUCCAGCACACGGAAACAUUGUUAACUGUGAGUGACCAUGGCGCAGUGGUCUCAGAUGACCCAGCUCUUCCAGUUUCUGUCCCACGAGAUGGUGAACGAUCUGUACCCCUCCACUUUCCCCAUCGAUGUGCGGCACUUUCUCGCAGAUUGGAUCGAGCAACAGAUCUGGGAGGACUUUGAGCCUGGCAAAACUGAGCUGGAGGCUCGGGCCAAAUACCAGCUGGACCAAGUGAUCAACCUGCUUCAAAUCAUCUCCGAGCAGAACAGUAGUAUAGUGGACAAGAUGAAGCUCAGACAGAUCAGCAAAACUCUGGUAUGCAUUGGCAGUGUAUUCCAGCCACGACCUCUAGAGUUUGGAAUAUUGGUUAGAGACAUCCUCAGGAAAGAACAGUUUCUGCUCAGCAAUUACCCACAGAUCUCAUGCCCCCAGUAUCAGCAGAAGCCCACAGCUCCGGAGAUCACCAUGGACCAACUAGUCAACAAAGUGGUGGAGAUCCAAGACAUCCGGCAGAAGAUUCACGUGCUACAGGAAGAACUCAACCUGGAUCAGGAAAAAUUUGAAGCAAUGGCUCCACAAGGGUCUGUGGUGCAGAAUGGUCUAGAUCCUUCCAGUGAAGAUCCACAGAAAAACCUUCGUAUUUGUAUCCAGCAGAAAAAGUACAGUCUGCACUCUAUGGCGAUGACCAGAGUCCAGCUCCUCCAGGAGUGUUUGGAAAGACUGGAGCAGUACCAGCUGGACCUCAUUUCCAAACUCAAGACCUGGUGCUACGAGCAGCACAAAGCGGCCAUUGGCCACCCCUUUGACGACAACCUACACCCCCUGCAGGCUGGGUUUGAGCAGUUACUGGAGAUGAAUGCAAAGCUGCGUCAAGAGGUAUUUUUGGUCGGAGAUCCAACAAUCGUGGGCCUAACAGAGAAACUGACCUCUCUACUCACUGUCCUAGUCCAGAGCUCUCUGGUUAUUGAAAAGCAGCCUCCGCAGGUCAUCAAAACACAGUCUAAAUUCUCUGCAUCUGUGCGAUAUCUGUUUGGGGAUAAGAUUGCUCCAGGAAAACCUGCCAUGUUAAAGGUGCAGAUUAUCAAUGAACAGCAGGCUCGAGGGCUGGGCCAAGGGGGCUUACUCAGUGAUAAUGUUGGAGAGCUGAUGAACCACACAGCUAUCCUGGAGCACAAUACAACCACGAAAUCCACAUCGGCUGCCUUCAGAAAUAUGUCCAUCAAAAAGAUCAAGAGGGCAGAGAGAAAGGGCUCGGAGUGUGUGACAGAGGAGAAGUUUGCUUUGCUGUUUUCUGGAGAGAUCCACGUUACUGGCUGUGACUACCCCUACAGCAUACAUGUAAUUUCGGUGCCAAUAGUGGUCAUUGUUCACGGCAGUCAAGACAUCAAUGCUAUGGCCACAGUUAUCUGGGACUGUGCUUUUGCAGAACCAGACAGGGUGCCAUUCGUGGUCCCAGACCGGGUGCCAUGGAGACAGAUGUGUAACACACUGAAUGUGAAGUUCACAUCGGAGGUGAACACUCAGCAGUCUCUGAACGACUACAACCUACUGUUUCUGGCUCAAAAGAUCUUUGACAAACACGACAUCUGUGACUUUAGCAACAUGUUUGUGUCCUGGUCCCAGUUCAACAAGGAAACACUUCCAGGACGGUCCUUCACUUUCUGGCAGUGGUUUGAGGGAGUGAUGGAGCUGACCAAAAAGCACCUUCACUCUUACUGGAGCGACAGGUUGAUUUUUGGCUUUAUUGGGAAGCAGCACUUACAUGUAAUCCUCAAAGACCGACCAGGUGGCACAUUCCUCCUGCGCUUCAGUGACUCAGAGAUUGGAGCCAUUACUAUCGCCUAUGUUGCUGUCUCUGAAAAUGGAGUUCCAAAGGUGCAAAAUAUAAUGCCUUUCAGCAAAAAAGACCUGGAAAUCAGUGGCCUUGGAAACCGCAUCAUUGACAUCAACUAUUUAACAUAUCUGUAUCCCAAUAUUUCAAAAAACGUUUUUAAAAAGUACUACAUAGGACCUGCAAAGGCUGCUGGCUCAGGUUACAUCCCAGUCCAGUUGGUCACUGUGGCACAACCUUCAGACAUGAAUGGCUCUUCAAACCAAAACAUUAUGAGACCCGCUCCAACUCUGAGCAGCCCUGAGCCCUACCCUUUGGACUCUAACUCUGCUCAAAAUCCAGUCUCCAUGAUUGCACAGUAUUCUCCAAACUGUCCGGACCCCAUUUACAUGGAUCCCAGUUUAGCACUUAGUGACCAACAAGUUGCCUUUAACAUGUCAGACAGUACUAAAAUGGAUUUGGGAGAUUUUGGUGAUUUUCUUUCUGAUCUAACAAUGGACAAUGCCCCCUGACUGUGAAAAGGGAUUUGGUUUCUUGGACCAACAUAAGAACAUGUAAAUAGGAAAACACGGCAUGGCGUUACUGGCCCUAAAGUAAGUUCUGUUUUAGUUAUGACUUACUUAUAAAUUGUGUUGCUGAUACAAUAAUGGACAAACUAGGUUGGGUAAAAACUGAAUGGCCUUGUUGUUUGGCUACAUCUGUCUCUUUCUCAUUAAAAGUUAUUCUGAUGGUGCAGGGUCUGAGAAAUUACAUGAUAAUUUUCUUCACUAAGCAUGACAGACCAUAUAUUUAUACAAUGUUCUUUUUCAGCUAUUUUUCUCAAAAUAGAAACAGGGAAAGUAUUUGACAAGAGUAUACCAAAGAACAUGGAUACUUUCUCUGUAGACAUAUCUAUAAAAGUGCUAGACUAGUGCAUAAAUCAAAGGAUAACUUGUUGUGUUAUUGUUCCAGUAUUGUUCUGGUAUGUCUGUUACAACCUGAGGUGUUUUUUAUUAAGCUCUAAAAGAAAUGUUUUUCUUUUUAUUCAUUUAAGAUAUAAUUUUGUUCAGUUUUGUUUGUUCUGUUCAGUUUUUGAGGACCUUAACUUGUAAAAUGAUCUGUAAGUGGAGUACUAAUAUGUAUGCUUUUGCACUGGUUUCUUAAAAAUGUAUAUACCGGUAGUUGCUUUGUUAAUCUGGCUUUUCCAAUUUUUUUUGCCGUCAUGUUUAUUUUACAUAUGAAAAUGUUGGCUGUAUAACUCCUCUAAUUUGAUGAAUACAAAAAUAGCUUUGUGAAGUUUUUGUUUAUUGAAAUGUCCCGUGGCUCACAUUAAAAUGGGCCUUGGGGGAUAUGUUGGUCCCAUAUUCUGUAUAAAGAAGUCUAUGGUUGGUACUGUUGUUUUGUUUGUGUGUAAAAAUCAUGCUGUACAGUAACAUUAAAUAAAACAGAGAAGGAAGUUAGAAA